GCAUCAAAGAUGGCGUUCAAAGCAGGAUUCCUUCAGUGUCAAAAAUGGCCGCCGCGCAGGAGUCGCUUGACGCCGUGUAAAAGAGGGCGGGUUAGUGGGAAAUGAAGUACGACUGCGCAAGUUUGAUAAGGAAGAGGGCGAAUCUGGGCCGAAGGUACAGGUACAGUCGGAGGGUAGAAGAAGUGAUGUUACCUACUAAUGCCUUCAAGUUAAGGCAGUGACUGAACCAAUGUGCCACUGCUGCAAGAGUUCAUCCCUGCUUGUGUCAUCUCUGCAAGGGGUAAUGAUGGUUCGGCUCCAUCCGGGAACUAAUAGGUGCUGGAGGGAGAGACCCUACUGGAACUGGAGGUGAUGUGGGCAGCCCAAGGACUCUGAGUGAGCCACCAUGGGUUUCAGGCUGUUGGCUUGCCUCUUCAACCUGCCUGUUGCGGUGGUCUACGGGUCUCUGUCCCUCUUCAUUUCCAUUUUGCACAACGUCUUCCUCCUCUACUAUGUGGACACCUUUGUUUCUGUAUAUAAGAUUGAUAAACUCUCCUUCUGGAUUGGAGAGACUGUGUUUCUGAUUUGGAACAGCCUCAAUGAUCCUCUCUUUGGCUGGCUGAGUGAUCGGGCUUUCCUUAGCACGCAACAGUCUGGAGUGGCGAUUUCCACUCCGGAAGUAGUUUUGAAGAGACUCAAGGCCCUGAGCCGCAAUGGCCCCCUCUUUGCUAUGUCAUUCCUGGCUUUCUGGAUUGCCUGGGCCAACCCAGGCCUGCAGUUCCUCAUCUGCCUCUGCCUGUACGACAGCUUCCUCACCAUGGUGGACCUCAACCAGAACGCUUUGCUCGCUGACCUCGCUGUGUCCGCAAAGGACAGGACCGGCCUCAAUUUCUACUCGUCACUCUUCAGUGCCAUUGGCUCUCUCUCUGUCUUCAUGUCCUAUGCUGUGUGGAACAAGGAGGACUUCUUCUCCUUCCGGAUAUUUUGCGUGGUGCUGGCUUUCGGCUCAGCAGUUGGUUUUACCCUGGCCACAUGGCUCCUGAGGCAGAGGUUUCAGACUGAGGGACACGUGAAGUGGGAUGAAAACGCAGCUUUGAAAGAACUGUAUAUUGACCAUCCAUCUGUGCGACAAGAGAAGAGAAUCACUCUGGCUGAGUACCUCAAGCAGCUCUCCCGACACCGGAACUUUCUCUGGUUUGUCUCUAUGAACCUGAUCCAGGUUUUUCACUGCCACUUUAACAGCAACUUCUUUCCCCUCUUCCUGGAGCACCUGCUGUCUGAUCGUAUCUCACUCUCCAUGGGAUCAUUUCUGCUUGGAGUUUCCUACGUAGCUCCUCAUCUCAACAACCUCUACUUCCUGUCUCUCUGCCAGAGGUGGGGGGUAUAUGCAGUGGUGCGAGGACUCUUCUUCCUGAAGCUCUUGCUUGGUGUGAUUAUGCUCCUUGCUGGACCAGAUUGGAUCUACCUGCUCUGCUUCUUCAUAGCCAGCAACCGCGUGUUCACGGAAGGGACCUGCAAGCUGCUGAACUUGGUGGUCACCGACCUGGUAGAUGAAGACUUGGUGCUGAAUCGAAGGCAGCAGGCUGCCUCGGCCCUCUUGUUUGGCAUGGUUGCCUUGGUAACCAAACCAGGCCAGACCUUUGCCCCCUUGAUUGGCACCUGGCUCCUGUGUGCUUACACAGGUUAUGACAUUUUCCAGCGGGAUGCCCUGAGCAAUAUAGUGAGUGCCCAGCCCAAGUUGGCUUCCAACACAGCCUGGGAACCGACGCUGCGCCAGGGCUGCUUCUACCUCCUUGUUUUUGUCCCCAUCACAUGUGCAUUGCUGCAGCUCCUCAGCUGGUCACAAUUCAGCCUGCAUGGGAGGCGCCUCCAGAGAGUGAAAGCUCAGCGUCAGACUUUCACGGAAAGUCAGUCCCAAGAAAUCAAGACCAUUUAAUUUUCCCGUGGAUCAGCAGAAAAUGUCACUGAUCGUUAUGGACUUCUGCAGAAUCAACUCAACAAGGCGUGGGUAGAAGAAAAAGGGCAGCUGAUACUCUUCGUGGUUAAAGUUGGUGAGUGGAAGCUUUUGAGUUGGCGGUGCCGUUACCUGGUUUUCAGCGUCACUUAAAAAUGCACCUUCUUACCCAAAAUUUUGAGGGAAAUUGAUUCAGUAAGGCCAACUGUAAUUGAUGAAGGUCACAAGCAGUAUUGAUACGGUUUGGUUACUAGUUACUAAUGGUUUGGUUCUAAUGUUUUUCUUUUGUUGUCCCAUGUAUACAGAAUGUUCCAAACUGCCCUGGGAUCUUAACUGAUAGAGAGCAGUUUGGAAAUUGAAUAAACAAUAUACCUGCUGGAGUCCCCCCCCCCACAAGGCAGGACUGUGUAGGAUCCACCUUGAAGAGGGCACGAGAGUGUUAAAAGCUUGCAUCUGCUAUCUUCAGCCAAAGUUGGUCCAGAAAGUCAUCACCUUGCCUUAAAAAAA